AUGUCGGAUCGGCAGCCGUCGGAGGAGCCGGAGGAGCAGGUGGACCUGGAGGGGGACGACGACGGCAUGGACGACGACGACGGCGGGUACCGCCGCCGCAGCAGCCGGGACGACUCGGAGGAGCCCGAUGAGGACGACGACAAUGACGAGCGCCACGGCGACGGCGACGGCCGCGGGGACGACGACGCCGGGAUGGAGCCGGAGCCGGCCGGAGGAGGCGGCGGAAAAGGCGGGGACGAGACGGGCAAGGGGGCCGACGCCGCCGCGGGUAGCGGGCCCGAGGACGAGGAGGAGAGGAGCAAGUGGGACGAACUGCUCGCCCUGCCGCCCCAUGGCUCCCAGGUCUUCAUUGGCGGCCUGCCCCGCGACAUCACGGAGGACGACCUCCGCGAGCUGUGCGAGCCGUUGGGAGAAAUCUACGAGGUGAGGUUGACCAAAGAUAAGGACACCAACGAGAACAAGGGGUUCGCCUUUGUCACCUUCAUAGACAAGGACGCGGCGCAGAGUGCCAUCGAGGAUGUGCAAGACAGGGAGUACAAGGGGAGGACUUUGCGGUGCUCUCUGGCGCAGGCAAAACACAGGCUGUUUAUUGGGAAUGUGCCCAAGGGGCUGAGCGAGGAGGAGCUGACCAACAUUAUCAAGGGGAAGGGGCCAGGUGUCGUCAACAUUGAGAUGUUUAAGGAUCAGCAUGACCCGAACCGUAACCGUGGCUUCCUCUUUGUUGAGUAUUAUAACCACGCCUGCGCAGAAUAUGCCAGGCAGAAGCUUUCAUCACGAAGCUUCAAGGUUGAUGGGAGCCAAUUGACUGUUAGUUGGGCUGAACCUAAGGGUUCAACAGAUCCUUCAUCUGCAGCUGCUCAGGUGAAGACUAUAUAUGUGAAGAACCUACCUGAGAAUGUUUCUAAAGAGAAGAUCAAGGAUCUGUUUGACAAACAUGGAGAGGUCACAAAAAUCGUCCUGCCUCCUGCCAAGGCUGGGCAUAAGAGGGAUUUUGGCUUUGUUCACUAUGCUGAGAGAUCAAGCGCACUGAAGGCAGUUAAAGGAAGUGAAAAAUAUGAAAUUGAUGGUCAAGUACUGGAAGUAUCCAUGGCCAAACCUUUGGCAGAUAAGAAACCUGAUCAUUCACACAGGUCUGGAGGAGGCCCUAACUAUCCUCUUCCUCCCUAUGGUGGUGGUUACAUGGGAGAUCCGUAUGGUGCUUAUGGUGGCGGCAGUCCUGCAUACAACCAGCCAAUGAUAUAUGGCAGAGGUCCAGCACCGGCAGGAAUGAGGAUGGUGCCGAUGGUGCUUCCCGAUGGUCGCCUUGGCUAUGUCCUGCAACAACCUGGUGGAAUGCCGCCUCCACCCCCACCAGCGGAGGGGUGGCGACCGAAGAGACAGUGGCAGAGGCGGCGAAGGGCACAGCCGGCGAUAUCGCCCUUACUAGCUUUGCCCUUGACAAAUGCACAGAACAGAACAAACUGA